AUGGCGGACCAGAGACGGCUGCAGGGGAAAGUCGCGUUGAUCACCGGCGGCGGCCGGGGCAUUGGACAGGCGAUCGCCCGGGCUUACGCGGCGGAGGGAGCGAGCCUGACGUUGGCGGCUCGAACCGACACCGAACUGCGGUCGACAGCCGAAACAAUCCGGUCGGCGUUCGGCAGCGAGGUGACUACCGUCAUCACGGACGUAAGGGAUCGAGAACAGGUGGAGAACGCCGUUUCGCACACGCUCGACCGGUUCGGGACCAUCGACGUGAUGGUCAACAACGCGGGCAACACGGGCGAGAUCGGGCCGUUGUGGAAACUGGACCCGGAACGCUGGGCCAAUGUCAUUUCGGUCCAUGUUCUGGGCACUUACUACGGUUGUCGGGCGGUGAUACCGGGAAUGCUGGAACGAGGUCGGGGCCGGAUCGUCAACAUGGCCGGCGUGGGAGGGCCGAACGACACCUCCUACGAUGCCGCGAAAACCGCCAUCAUCAAUAUGACGGAGAAUCUGAGCGUGGAACUGGCGGGCACGGGGGUUACGGUGAACGCCAUCAGUCCCGGUUCCAUUCAUACGCGGAUAACUGUACGAAAAGGGCGUCGAAGUUACGUCGGGGGGAGGCGCCUCGAUUGA